AUGACAAGUGCAGUAUACUUUGGGAAAGGGUCACUUAGACGCAUGACUGUGGUGAAAGUAGCCCCCAGGCGAAGCUUUGUUUUGGGUGCUGUCACAACAGCUACAUUAGGGUCUUUUUUAUUGGGAAAAGAAGCUACAUUAGCCAACCGGAUGAAUAACGGUGAGCUCCAUAACAAGAAUGUUGACUACGACGCAAAAUUGAAGGAAAAUGUGCAUAGGAGGCUACAGGCACUGAAAAAUACAAGACCAAUGGAACCAAAUUAUGAAGGGCAUGUUCCCUUAUACAAGAGUGAAAAGCUGUUACUAUUUCUUGUAUCUGGUUUGAGAUCAUUCCUGCAUCCAGAAAAUGGUUACAAUAUCGUACAAUUGGGAGAAGCCACGGCAUUCCCAAUAUUCUUAGAGAGUUUGAAGAAAACAAUGCUAUCUGAUGCUACUGGUAGAAGAAUUCUUCGAGAUAAACCUCAUGUACAUUCGGAGACGCUACAUAUGGGGAAAUUGUCUCAGUACCCUCAAAACACGUUUGGAUAUAAGUUCUAUGAAUGGUGCAAAAAUGAAAACGUUACUCCGGACACAAGAGCCCCAGUAACUUAUAUAGAUGAUCCUUUGCACGCUUAUGUGUUCAAGAGGUACAGACAAUGUCACGACUUUUACCACGCUUUAAACAAUCUGCCAAUAAUCAUAGAAGGUGAGAUCACAGUGAAGGCCCUGGAGGCAGCAAAUCUGGGGGUGCCAAUGGCUGCAUUAGGUGCGAUAUUCGCCCCAUUGAGGUUGAAACCAAUUCAAAAACAAAGAUUGUACGAUAUCUAUUUGCCUUGGGCUGUAAAGACGGGUUUAACAUGUAAACCACUGAUCAAUGUGUAUUGGGAGGAGCUUCUGGAUAAAGAUAUUGACGAAUUGAGAAACGACCUAGGGAUCACUUUACCACCAGACCUAAGAAAAAUUAGAAAACAGCGCAAAGAGACGUUGAACCAUCUGAAAAUCAAGUAUAAUAAACAAAGAAUGGGAAGCUAG